AUGAAAUUCAGAAAUGGAAUGUGGUUGCCGGCGGAGGGAAAGCGAUUAGAAUAUGCUGAAGAAGUAUAUGCUAUCACUGAACAAGCUCCAUUUGAUGGAGUUAUCUCCGUCGAAACUACACACUUUCUAGGUGCUCGCAAUCCAGGACCUCAUUUCGAUCUUUUUCCAGCAGGAAAGCCAGAAAGUAGCCAAGCCGAAAUCGCAAAGACCGAAAGCUCUACCACCCUGAAAUCCGGAUCCUUGUCUGCGACCGUAAAGACUGGCAAUCAUGACCUCGAUAUUCGAUUCCAUGCCACUGAUGGUUCGAAAGAACUUACCUCCCUCCUCAAUCGAAGUAUUGGCUUGGCAUACAGUCCAGCAACCAGUAACCCGAUGCAAAUCGCUGACAUGCGGGACUUUGAACAUUAUAUCUUCACUCAAUCGACACUGUCAGUAGGUGAAUCUGUAUAUGGAUUGGGAGAACGUUUUGGGGCUUUUAAUAGAGUCGGCCAGGCUGUUGAGCUUUGGAAUGCCGAUGGAGGCACUUCCAGUGACCAAGCCUACAAGAACGUGCCAUUUUGGAUGAGUUCGAGAGGCUAUGGUAUAUUCAUUGACACGCCUGACAAGGUGGAUUUAGAAAUCGGAAGUGAGAGAUGCUGCCGAGUUCAGACAAGUGUGGAAGGCCAAAGACUGAAAUGGUACAUCAUUUAUGGUCCAACACCGAAAGAAGUUUUAACAAAGUAUUCAAUCUUGACGGGAAAGCCUGGAAAAGUACCUAGCUGGAGUUAUGGACUCUGGCUGAGCACAAGUUUCACCACAAACUACGACGAAAAGACCGUGAACUCAUUCCUCGAGGGGAUGAGUGCGCGAGAUAUUCCAGUUGAAGUCUUCCACUUUGAUUGUUUCUGGAUGAAAGCGUUUCACUGGUGUGAUUUUGAGUUCGAUUCCGAAAUGUUUCCAGAUCCGAAAGCUCAAAUCUCUCGGCUGAAAGAAUCUGUAGGACUUGUCAAAAAAGUUUGUGUAUGGGUGAAUCCAUAUCUGGGUCAAGCAUCUCCUGUCUUCAAAUAUGCUGCGAGCAAAGGCUACCUACUCAAGCGCAAGAACGGCGACAUUUUCCAGUGGGAUCUUUGGCAGACUGGAAUGGCCAUUAUCGAUUUUACGAACCCCGAAGCUACGGAAUGGUACGUAGAAUGUCUGAAGGGUCUGUUUGAUAAAGGAGUCGAUUCAAUUAAGACCGAUUUUGGAGAGCGCAUUCCAUCUAAGGACGUUCAGUGGUUCGACUCGUCUCUCGAUCCAAGAAAGAUGCAUAACUACUAUGCGUUCUUGUACAACAAGAUUGUUUACGAGGCGUUGCAAGACCGAUACGGAAAGGAUGAAGCCGUUCUCUUCGCACGUAGUGCAACUGCCGGAACUCAACGGUUCCCAUUGCAGUGGGGCGGUGAUUGCGAGUCAACCCCCGAAGCUAUGGCCGAAUCGGUUCGAGGAGGUCUAUCUCUAGGACUUUCCGGUUAUGCCUUUUGGUCAGUCGAUAUUGGAGGCUUUGAGGGCUACCCUCCUCCUUGGAUCUACAAACGUUGGGUUGCUUUUGGUCUACUUUGCUCUCACAGCAGACUUCACGGCAGUAACUCUUUCCGUGUACCAUGGACUGUAGAUGAGGACGAUACAUCGGAUCAAGGUUGCUCCAAGGUACUUUCAAAGUGGACAUUGUUGAAAGCAAGACUUAUGCCAUAUAUAUUCUCACAGGCUCAAGAAGCUGUCGAGUUGGGUAUACCUCUAUCACUUCGAGCUAUGUGCUUGGAAUUCCCAGAUGACCCUACAUCAUGGUAUCUUGACCGACAAUUCAUGUUUGGAGAAAGUUUGCUGGUGGCCCCAAUUUUUGAAGAAUCGGGUGAUGUCGAAUUUUACCUACCAAAAGGUAAGUGGACCAACUUCUUCACCAAUGAAGUGAAGAGCGGGCCUGGUUGGUUCAAGGAAAAUCAUGCUUUCGAUACCCUGCCCUUAUAUGUCCGAGAAAAUACAGUUCUUGUGCUCGGAAAAUCAGGGCAAACCAAGACUGUAUAUGACUAUUCCCAAGACGUUGAAGUUCGCCUAUACAAUACCGUCAAGGGGGCCAAGGCCAGGCUGGUAAACUUGGAGGGAGCCGACAUUGGCAUCCUUGAAGUUGGCGAAGAUGGCAAACUGAAGGAUCAAAAAAUCUUGACUGGUUCAUGGGAGGUGAAAAAGGUAUAG